AUGGUCGAAAUUGAUGCAGAUUCAUCAGCAAAGGGGGAGGAAGCCCCGUUCGACCUCUCCCUCGUCUUCUCACGGCACGUCGCACGCCGCGAGCACCCAAAGACCUUGUGUCCGUCGGAGAUAGCACGCUCCCUGUCACGCGCAGACCUCGCCAGAUUAGGAGUUUCGGAAUGGCGCGACCUCAUGCCCCGCCUGCGCGAGAUGGCGUUCGAGGCUCGCGACAAGGGAGAGAUCCAAGUCCUACAGAAAGGCGAAGUCGUACCUCCUGACCUGGGGAUGGACAAGGUCAAAGGACCAAUCAGGAUCAGAAAGGCGGUAUUACACCGUUAA